UCUGUUUGGCUUGGGCAUCCAGACCCUGACCCUGCAAACACUACUUGGCAGGGUGACUACUCAAAAACUAUAUACAACAUCUUAUCAUUAAAGCAGUUACCAAAUUUCUUGCAAGCACUGGAUGCCUUGGAACCCUUUGAAGAAGUAUCAAGUCAUAGGGGAAGUAAUUUGGAAACGUAACAUAAAUCCACCAGUUAUUUGAAAAUACCAAGAAGAUGAAUCACCAGUUAUCUGGAAAUACCAAGAAGAGGAACUAUGUCAGCUAUGAAUCAAGACAGUUAAAAGAUCUUUGGAAACCAUGAAAAUUAUAGCAGCAACCCAAGCAAUUGCCAUCUAUCUGGAAAUAAUACCAGGAAAAUCCUGAAAUAACAGCCACCUCCUACAAGCAAGAAAAAUUAGACUGUGGCUGCAAGUGGCAAAUUUGGAAAGCCAGCAAUUAAUGCCAUAUCCAGGUGUGACAGUUGGCCUGAGUGAGGUCAUCUCUUCACCUUCAACAAAGCACACACACAUAUAACUCAAGCAAUAACUUUAGACUUGGACAAGUAGUGUUAUUCUUCCCCCUAAUCAUCUUUGUAAAAAUCUUUUCAGAAAAUUAUUUUCACAAACAUGACAGAAAAUAUAUUCCUCUUUGUACCUAACCUCAUUGGUUAUGGACGGAUUUUCCUGGCACUGAUCUCAUUCUACUUCAUGCCCACGGACCACGUCAUUGCAUCAUUUUGUUACCUCUUAUCUGGCUUCUUGGAUGCUUUUGAUGGUCAUGCUGCUAGAGCUUUCAAUCAAAGCACCAAGUUUGGAGGGAUGCUUGACAUGCUGACUGACCGGUGUGGCACGAUGUGCCUCAUAGCUUGUCUCGGGACAUUCUACCCCAAGUAUCUCUUCUGGUUCCAACUCUCCAUCACUAUUGACAUUGCCUGCCACUGGCUCCACCUACACACGUCUUUACUGGAAGGCCGCACAAGCCACAAAUCUUCAGCUGCCAACCCCAACUUUAUCCUGCAGAUUUACUACACUUCUAGACCCGUGCUCUUCCUUAUGUGCUCCGGUAAUGAACUGUUCUACGCGUCGCUCUAUCUUGUUAACUUCACUGAGGGUCCAAGUGUCUUCUUUGGUGUUGGUCUGUGGCGGCUGCUGAGCUACGUUCUACUACCUGUAGGUGUCUUCAAGAGUAUCCUUGCGCUCAUGCAAGGUUAUUAUGCUGCUUUGAAUCUAGGUAACAUUGACAUGCAAGAACGUGCCAAAGCUACCAAUUGAGCCAACCGCGACUUCUUUAUAACUUCUCUCUGACGAGUCAGUAAUUGAGAUCUCAAUAGGUACUUCCUUUUUUCGAUACAGGGUAAUGGAUUAUACAAGAUUAUUAUGUUGCUCUGACUCUAGUUAACACUGACAUGCAAGAACGUGCCAAAGGUACCAACUGAAAAAACAACCACUUUAAUUUUUCACAGUCAAUACCGUAUAACUUUUCACAAGCAAGUCAGUUACUGAGAUCUAAAUUCUAUCAUUUUUAUUUACGAGGUAAUGGAUCAUGUACCUACCCUAUGCAUACAUUCUUAAUUUUGUUGCUGAGUAACAGAAUUUUUUUCAGUCAUAUUCUUAAUGUUUGAGUGGAAAUAUCGAGGUUCUAGGUAGUACCUAUGUUUUAUCUUGGGAUUAACUGGAGUUACAGUGGUUACGUUUAUACUCGUCAUUCUGAUGCUUGAGACUUUCACUAUAGUGCAUCAUGUUGCUCUCCCAGAAUGAAAAAUCAUGCAAAGUCUGAAAUAUUUUGUUUGCGAGCAUAUAAACUAAUGCUAUUCCUUCAAUUUGGUGCUUUUAUGUCUAUAGUUAAUUUAUUCUCUCACGAUUGAUUAGAAUUGCUAACUCAAACUCUCCCCUCGGGGAUUUUUUUGUUUCUAAAUUAAUUUAUCGUGAUACUUCCCCAUUUCGUCGAGUGCACUUUUAAUUCAAUUUAUCUCCGCCUGAGAUAGUGGUUAAUGUUUUCGCUUGUGUAUCUCUUCGGUUUAUGUAUGAGAAUCUUAUUGCGUGAUGGUGUAGGUUGUGUUUCUUUCCUUCAUUCCAUUAAUAUGCUAUCUGUUGUGAGCUUUGAAUGUAGAUACCCAUUCCUUAAUUUAAUUAAUAUUUCUAUCUAUUGAAGUAGAUGUGCUUACUGUUUAUGUAUGUUGAACCUAGGUGUUCAUGGUAUAAAUAGCAAUUUUAACAAUAUCUGUUGAUUAUUAAAGCUUUUUCUUGUUAAUUCCAGUUAAACUUGAGUAGAAUUGGUUAUGUUUCUAGCCCCCUUGCUGGGAGAGAUCGUUUAGUAAUCUUAUCUCAAUAUAUUAAUUUAUUACCUAUAUCAGCAUUUUUGCUUAGCUUUUAACGUUAUGUCCCAUGGCGAUGUGUUCUGACUUUAGGUAUAAAAUUAAUGACAUUAGGAUGCUGUUGUGUGUUCCAUUGACCUGGUCCGAGCCCUGCUGCCAAUGAUGUAACAUACAAUUUCGUUUUAUUUUAUUAUAAACGUGUUACUUUAUUAUAAAGAGGUUGCCGGACUGCAUUCCUCCUGCGCAUUGGUUGUGACUGACUUAUUCUAUUAUUCAUGACGUUUCCUGAUUGGAAUGUUGGCUAAUUGAAUUUUUCGACUGCAGGACGGCAGAUGGCUCGUAGUAACAUUUUUUGAGGUCAUAUUUGUUACAUUUUAGCGAGGGCAUUGCAGUCAGAAAC